AUGCUUGGGUCUCUGUGCCUUUCCAAGCAUGACACCUUCCCGCAUUGUGAGCAGCAAGAGAUCCUGAUCAAGGUCCAGGUGUAUGUGAGCGGGGAGCUGGUGCCUUUGGCCCAGGCCUCAGUGGAUGUGUUUGGGAAUCGUAUGCUGUUGGCUGCUGGCACCACGGACUCGGAGGGUGUGGCCACACUGCCCCUCAGUUACCGCUUGGGCACCUGGGUGCUGGUCACUGCUGCCCGCCCUGGCUUCCUCACCAACUCCGUGCCCUGGCGCGUUGACAAGCUGCCCUUGUAUGCGUCAGUCAGCCUCUACCUGCUCCCCGAGCGGCCGGCCACCCUCAUCCUCUAUGAGGACCUGGUGCACAUCCUGUUGGGUUCUCCUGGUGCCCGCUCCCAGCCCUGGGUGCAGUUCCAACGGCAGGCUGCCCGCCUGCCUGUCAGCUCCACCUACAGCCAGCUCUGGGCCUCGCUCACACCUGCCAGCACCCAGCAGGAAAUGCGAGCUUUCCCUGCCUUCCUGGGCACCGAGGCCUCCAGCUCAGGCAAUGGCUCCUGGCUGGAGCUGAUGCCCCUGGCGGCUGUGAGCGUGCACCUGCUGACAGGCAAUGGGACAGAGGUACCACUCUCGGGUCCCAUUCACCUGUCUCUGCCUGUGCCCUCGGAGCCUCGCGCCCUGGCUGUGGGCACCAGCAUUCCAGCCUGGAGGUUUGACCCCAAGAGUGGGCUUUGGGUGCGCAACGGCACUGGUGUGAUCCGGAAGGAAGGCCGGCAGCUCUACUGGACCUUCGUCUCCCCCCAGCUGGGGUACUGGGCGGCUGCCAUGGCCUCCCCCACGACUGGGCUGGUCACCAUCACAACAGGCAUCCAGGACAUCGGCACCUACCAUACCAUCUUCCUGCUCACCAUCCUGGCCGCCCUGGCACUGCUGGUGCUCAUCCUGCUGUGUCUGCUCAUCUACUAUUGCCGGAGGCGCUGCCUGAAGCCCAGGCAACAGCACCGCAAGCUGCAGCUCUCCGGGCCCUCCGACGGCAACAAACGAGACCAGGCCACCUCGAUGUCCCAGCUCCAUCUCAUCUGUGGGGGGCCCCUGGAGCCCACCCCGUCGGGGGACCCCGAGGCGCCUCCUCCCGGCCCCCUCCACUCCGCCUUCUCCAGCUCCCGCGACUUGGCCGCCUCCCGGGAGCGGCGGGAGGAGCGGCCGCUGAUGGUGUUCAACGUCAAAUAG